AUGUCUGGUGAUACUGAACAUACGCUCCUGAACAAUGAACAUACUCUCCUGAACAAUGAACAAACUCUCCUGAACAAUGAACAUACUCUCCUGAACAAUGAACAUACCCUCCUGAACAAUGAACAUACUCUCCUGAACAAUGAACAUAACCUCCUGAACAAUGAGCAUACCCUCCUGAACAAUGAACAUACUCUCCAGAACAAUGAACAUACCCUCCUGAACAAUGAACAUACCCUCCUGAACAAUGAACAUACUCUCCUGAACAAUGAACAUACCCUCCUGAACAAUGAACAUACCCUCCUGAACAAUGAACAUACUCUCCUGAACAAUGAACAUACCCUCCUGAACAAUGAACAUACUCUCCUGAACAAUGAACAUACUCUCCUGAACAAUGAACAUACCCUCCUGAACAAUGAACAUACUCUCUUGAACAAUGAACAUACCCUCCUGAACAAUGAACAUACUCUCUUGAACAAUGAACAUACCCUCCUGAACAAUGAACAUACUCUCCUGAACAAUGAACAUACCCUCCUGAACAAUGAGCAUACCCUCCUGAACAAUGAACAUACUCUCCUGAACAAUGAACAUACUCUCCUGAACAAUGAACAUACCCUCCUGAACAAUGAACAUACUCUCUUGAACAAUGAACAUACCCUCCUGAACAAUGAACAUACUCUCCUGAACAAUGAACAUACCCUCCUGAACAAUGAGCAUACCCUCCUGAACAAUGAACAUACGCUCCUGAACAAUGAGCAUACCCUCCUGAACAAUGAACAUACGCUCCUGAACAAUGAACAUACUCUCCUGAACAAUGAACAUACUCUCCUGAACAAUGAGCAUACGCUCCUGAACAAUGAACAUACGCUCCUUAACAAUGAACAUACUAACCUGAACAAUGAACAUACUCUCCUGAACAAUGAACAUACGCUCCUGAACAAUGAACAUACUAACCUGAACAAUGAACAUACUCUCCUGAACAAUGAGCAUACGCUCCUGAACAAUGAACAUACUCUCCUGAACAAUGAGCAUAUGCUCCUGAACAAUGAACAUACGCUCCUGAACAAUGAACAUACUCUCCUGAACAAUGAGCAUACGCUCCUGAACAAUGAACAUACUCUCCUGAACAAUGAACAUACGCUCCUGAACAAUGAACAUACUAACCUGAACAAUGAACAUACUCUCCUGAAAAAUGAGCAUACUCUCCUGAACAAUGAGCAUACUCUCCUGAACAAUGAACAUACUCUCCUGAACAAUGAACAUACUCUCCUGAAAAAUGAACAUACUCUCCUGAACAAUGAACAUACUCUCCUGAACAAUGAACAUACUCUCCUGAACAAUGAACAAACUCUCCUGAACAAUGAACAUACUCUCCAGAACAAUGAGCAUACUCUCCUGAACAAUAAACAUACUCUCCUGAAAAAUGAACAUACUCUCCUGAACAAUGAACAUACUCUCCUGAACAAUGAACAUACUCUCCUGAACAAUGAACAAACUCUUCUGAACAAUGAACAUACUCUUCAGAACAAUGAGCAUACGCUCCUGAACAAUGAACAUACGCUCCUGAACAAUGAACAUACUAACCUGAACAAUGAACAUACUCUCCUGAACAAUGAACAUACUCUCCUGAACAAUGAACAAACUCUCCUGAACAAUAAGCAUACCCUCCUGAACAAUGAACAUACUCUCCUGAAAAAUGAACAUACUCUCCUGAACAAUGAACAUACCCUCCUGAACAAUGAACAUACUCUCCUGAAAAAUGAACAAACUCUCCUGAACAAUGAACAUACCCUCCUGAACAAUGAACAUACUCUCCUGAACAAUGAACAUACUCUCCUGAACAAUGAGCAUACGCUCCUGAACAAUGAACAUACGCUCCUGAACAAUGAGCAUACGCUCCUGAACAAUGAACAUACUCUCCUGAACAAUGAACAUACCCUCCUGAACAAUGAGCAUACCCUCCUGAACAAUGAACAUACGCUCCUGAACAAUGAACAUACUCUCCUGAACAAUGAACAUACUCUCCUGAACAAUGAGCAUACGCUCCUGAACAAUGAACAUACUAACCUGAACAAUGAACAUACUAACCUGAACAAUGAACAUACUCUCCUGAACAAUGAACAUACUCUCCUGAAAAAUGAACAUACGCUCCUUAACAAUGAACAUACUAACCUGAACAAUGAACAUACUCUCCUGAACAAUGAACAUACGCUCCUGAACAAUGAACAUACUAACCUGAACAAUGAACAUACUCUCCUGAACAAUGAGCAUACGCUCCUGAACAAUGAACAUACUCUCCUGAACAAUGAGCAUAUGCUCCUGAACAAUGAACAUACGCUCCUGAACAAUGAACAUACUCUCCUGAAUAAUGAGCAUACGCUUCUGAACAAUGAACAUACUCUCCUGAACAAUGAACAUACGCUCCUGAACAAUGAACAUACUAACCUGAACAAUGAACAUACUCUCCUGAAAAAUGAGCAUACUCUCCUGAACAAUGAGCAUACUCUCCUGAACAAUGAACAUACUCUCCUGAACAAUGAACAUACUCUCCUGAAAAAUGAACAUACUCUCCUGAACAAUGAACAUACUCUCCUGAACAAUGAACAUACUCUCCUGAACAAUGAACAAACUCUCCUGAACAAUGAACAUACUCUCCAGAACAAUGAGCAUACUCUCCUGAACAAUGAACAUACUCUCCUGAAAAAUGAACAUACUCUCCUGAACAAUGAACAUACUCUCCUGAACAAUGAACAUACUCUCCUGAACAAUGAACAAACUCUCCUGAACAAUGAACAUACUCUCCAGAACAAUGAGCAUACGCUCCUAAACAAUGAACAUACGCUCCUGAACAAUGAACAUACUAACCUGAACAAUGAACAUACUCUCCUGAACAAUGAACAUACUCUCCUGAACAAUGAACAAACUCUCCUGAACAAUAAGCAUACCCUCCUGAACAAUGAACAUACUCUCCUGAAAAAUGAACAUACUCUCCUGAACAAUGAACAUACCCUCCUGAACAAUGAACAUACUCUCCUGAAAAAUGAACAAACUCUCCUGAACAAUGAACAUACCCUCCUGAACAAUGAACAUACUCUCCUGAACAAUGAACAUACUCUCCUGAACAAUGAGCAUACGCUCCUGAACAAUGAACAUACGCUCCUGAACAAUGAGCAUACGCUCCUGAACAAUGAACAUACUCUCCUGAACAAUGAGCAUACGCUCCUGAACAAUGAGCAUACGCUCCUGAACAAUGAACAUACGCUCCUGAUCAAUGAACAUACGCUCCUGAACAAUGAACAUACGCUCCUGAACAAUGAUCAUACGCUCCUGAACAAUGAGCAUACGCUCCUGAACAAUGAGCAUACGCUCCUGAACAAUGAACAUACGCUCCUGAACAAUGAGCAUACGCUCCUGAACAAUGAACAUACGCUCCUGAACAAUGAACAUACCCUCCUGAACAAUGAGCUUACCCUCCUGAACAAUGAGCAUACCCUCCUGAACAAUGAACUUACGCUCCUGAACAAUGAGCAUACCCUCCUGAACAAUGAACAUACCCUCCUGAACAAUGAACAUACUCUCCUGAACAAUGAGCAUACGCUCCUGAACAAUGAACAUACUCUCCUGAACAAUGAACAUACUCUCCUGAACAAUGAACAUACUCUCCUGAACAAUGAACAUACUCUCCUGAACAAUGAACAUACGCUCCUGAAAAAUGAACAAACUCUCCUGAACAAUGAACAUAGAAAAAUUUGA